GAAAAGCUCAUCAUGAUCUCUUACAUGAAUCCCAACGUAGUUUUAAGUUUGAAAACCCAAAUCCCAGUAUCCAUCAAAUCAUCUGAAAUCCCUACUAAUCAAUCCAAAAUUCAGCAUCUAAAACUACUAAAAGAAUGUACUAGUGUAAAGCAUUACAAACAAAUCCACACUCAAAUCAUCAAAAACUACCCAUCUUAUCAAACCAAACUUUUACUCUCUAAACUUGUUGAAUCACUUGUAAAUUCAAACCACACCGAGUAUGCUAAUCGAAUAUUCGAUGGGAUUUGCGAAAACACUACAUUUGUGUACAACACCAUGGUUAGAGGUUAUACCUUAAAUGGUACUUUUAAUGAAAGCUUACAAAUUUAUAUUCAGAUGCAAUGUCAUGAACUCAAACCUGAUAAUUUCACCUACCAAUUUCUUAUUAAAGCUUGUACUUGUCUUAAUCAAGGGAAAGUGAUUCAUUCACUUGUUAUCAAGAACCCAAGUUUGAAAACCGAUGAUAUAUAUCUCCAAACUUCGUUGAUUGGUUUCUAUUCUAAUUACGGUGAUCUUGAUUAUGCUAGAAAACUAUUCGAUAGAAUGUGCCAAAGAAAUGUCGUUUCGUGGACUGCGAUGAUCAUGGGUUAUGUGAAACAGAAGAAGUAUAGUGAAGGACUUGCUUUGUUUCAUCGAAUGCAAAUUGAAGGUAUUGAGAUAAAUGAGUUCACUUUGGUUAAUGUUUUAUCUGCUUGUGCUCAUUUAGGAGCUUUUGAAAUGGGGAAAUGGGUUCAUGGGUAUAUCCAUAAGAACGGUAUUUUUCUUAAUCCAACCUUGGCUACUGCACUUAUAGACAUGUAUAUGAAAUGUGGAUAUGUCGAUAAAGCUUCUCAAGUUUUCAAUAAGCUAACAGAGAGGAGUAUUUCUACUUGGAAUUCGAUUAUCGGUGGACUAGCAAUGCAUGGAUAUGGAGAAGCAGCACUUGAGAGGUUUAACAAAAUGCUCAGGACCGGAACAAAACCAGAUCAUAUAACAUUUAUUGGUGUAUUAUCAGCUUGUACACAUUCAGGAAUGGUAGAAAAGGGUCGGGAGCAUUUCAAUUCAAUGACAAGGGAUUUCGAGAUUGAACCUCACAUCAAGCAUUACGGAUGCUUGGUGGAUCUUCUAGGAAGGGCAGGUCAUUUGGAAGAAGCUUAUGAGAUAAUGAAAAACAUGCCAUUUAAAAGAAAUGGUGUCCUGUGGGGAACAUUACUUAAUGCUUGUAGUGCUCAUGGUAACGUUGAGUUAGCGGAGAUAGCCAUGGAGCGACUUGCUGAAUUGGAACCGUUCAAUGAUGGGAAUUAUGUUAUAAUGUCAAAUCUUUAUGCUUCCAAGGGUCAAUGGGAAGAAGUUAUCAAGAUGAGGAGGUUCAUGAAAGAUAGAGGGAUUUUGAAGACUCCGGGAUGUAGUUGGAUUGAGGUAAACAAUGUGAUUCAUGAGUUUGUAGUUGGAGAUGGCAGGCACCCGCGAUCGGAGGAGAUUUAUUCAAUGUUAGACGAUGUUGCGGAAAAGCUGGAGGAGGUUGGAUAUGUUCCAUAAAACUAAUCAGGUUUUGUUUGAUGCCAUGGAGGAAGAGAAGAGGAUAGCCUUAUGUCAUCAUAGUGAUAAGUUAGUGAUUGCCGUUGGGCUUGUCAGUACAACUCCUAAGAGUCUAAGACUCGUUCCCCAAUAAGGGUGGCAAAGAAUAUUAGAGCAUGCAGGGGAUUGUCAUCUGGCUACAAAACUGAUAUGAAGAUCUAUGACAGAGAGAUAUUCUCAGGGGCUGCAACAGGUCUCAUCAUUUUAAGGAGGGAGAUUGCUCCUGCCUCCUGCAAAGAUUACUGGUGAAAAAACAUUCCUAGUCCAACAAUCACCUAACACACUAGGCAGAAUCCUGUAGAAAAUCACAUGGCUUUUGUGUCAAUUCAGUGCAUAAAAGUAGUCGGCAAUCACUGUAUGGAAUAAAACUAUGCCACCCAUUGUUCAGAACUUCAGAGAUGCUAAUAUCAUUGUAUACUGCUACAUCAGAAUAAAAUAUACAAAUGGUCAUUCUGGAUA